CCCACCGCAUGACGUAACGCCCAGUCUGAAAGUGCAAUGGCGAUAUUAGACAAUAACAGCCAUCGCGUUUGUGGACCACAUCUGUAUUAUGUGGCUAACAUUGAAGAAAACACCUCGAGCCGGCUGCGACACCACAUAUAAUAUCGGCACAGCGCACGUGCGAGCGGGGAAGGGGAUUUCAGAGCCUCCGCGCGGGAUGACAGUUUAGACUAAACCCGCUGGUGUGACGUGUAAACAGACGCCAUGGCCACACAGGAACCGUCCCCUCCGUCAUCCAUGGAGAGCAAUAAACCUGGCUUCCCCAAGAAGAUCCUGGGCAACAAGCUGGAGGACAAGCACCUGUGCAACUGCUGCCAUAAUAUCCUCAGACGGCCCUUUCAAGCUCAGUGUGGACAUCGCUUCUGCUCCUAUUGCUACAACAGGACUGUGAGUAAUGGACCCCAGAAAUGCAACGCUUGCAUUAAAGAAGAUAUUUUUGAGGAGCCUACAUCAGUUUUGAAACAAGGAUGUGCUUUUCCUGACAAUGCUGUUCGAAGGGAAGUUGAAAGCCUGUCUGCAGUUUGCAUCAAUGAAGACUGUACUUGGACAGGCACUAUUAAAGAGUAUGAGCUGAAUCACGAGGGGAAGUGUGAGUUUAUGAUCAUCCCCUGCCCCUCCUGCAAAGAACGAAUCCGCUUCAACGAACAAGAGCGCCACAAUGAGCGGGAGUGCCCAGAGAGGACACUCAAUUGCAAAUACUGCAAGGAGCCUUUUCACUUUAAAAACAUUAAGGCACAUGAUGAGAUCUGUCCUAAAUAUCCGAUGAUCUGUGAAGGCUGUGCCAAGAAGAAAAUACCCAGAGAGAAGUAUGUGGACCAUAUUAAACUCUGCAGUAAGUUCCGAACUCCAUGUCGAUUUCAUGUCGUUGGAUGUGACAUGUCUGUGGAGAAAGAGAAGAUUCAUGAUCAUGAACGCGCUUACGCCUACGAGCACCUUAACCUGCUCCUGCACUACAUUAUGGGUAUGAAAGUGAGCAUGGAGGGCCUGCAGCCCCAGGGACUGGAAAUAGCCGGACACAAACUAUUAGAACUCCAACAAUCCCUCAGGGAACUCGAGGCCAGAGUCUCCCAGCUCAGCACCACCUCCUCUGGGCCUCCCGUGCAGGGAGCUGCCGCCUCCUCUUCCUCCAGCACCGGCCCUCCUGGCCCAACCGCAUCAACUCCUCUCCCUCCACCGCCCACUCUUCCUCCAACUCUCACUGUGUCUACCUCGUUCACACCACUGCCCAGCUCAGUGGGCGCAGCACUGGAGCUCCAGCUCCACAGUGAGAAGACCAAGGUGGCCGAGCUUGGCCGCAGAUGCACAGAACUUGAGGUCAAAGCGGGGACAUUUGAAAAUGUGGUGUGCGUUCUUAACAGGGAGGUGGAGAGGUUUGCCACAACCAUGGAGGCCAGCAACCGGCAGCAUAAACUGGACCAAGAUAAGAUUGAGGCUCUUAGUAAUAAGGUGCGACAGCUGGAAAGGACCGUGGGAUUGAAGGACCUCACAGUGGUUGAAAUGGAGGGCCGACUAAGGGAAAUGUCGGCCACCACCUUUGAUGGCGUCUUCAUUUGGAGAAUCUCAGACUUUGCCAAAAAACGACAAGAUGCCAUUGCAGGUCGGGCUCCUGCCAUGUUCUCACCAGCUUUCUAUACUAGCAAGUACGGCUAUAAGAUGUGCCUACGAAUCUAUCUGAAUGGAGAUGGGACGGGGCGUGGCAGCCACCUGUCCCUGUUCUUUGUGGUGAUGAGAGGACUGAGUGACGCUCUGCUCAAAUGGCCAUUCAACCAAAAGGUAACGUUGAUGCUCCUGGACCAGAGCAACAGGGAACACAUCAUCGACGCCUUUCGACCUGAUGUCACUUCCUCUUCCUUUCAAAGACCUGUGAGCGAGAUGAACAUUGCCAGCGGCUGUCCGCUCUUCUGCCCGCUCUCCAAGCUAGAUGGCAAGAACUCAUACAUCCGCGACGACACCAUCUUCAUUAAAGCCAUUGUGGACCUCACUGGCCUCUAGACGUCUCUAUGUGUUAUAAUUUGGCAACCGGGUGGCUCCCUGACCAUUCAAGGCUACUUCUUUGGUCAGUCAUGGUCCCGUUAGGGCUCUGUUCGGGGCAUUGUACCGUCCCUCGCAGGAGAAGGACGGGCUUGCGGCUGUAUGCUGCACGUGGCUGCUCAGUCCAGAUGGUGCUGGCAUUGUUAUACGGUGGUAUCUGUGUGAGAGCCACCAUCAUUGAUGUACAUUUUGGGUGCAAUUUUCUUUCUUUUAACAUCUUCCCCAGUGGGAUGAACAUCCUAUUUUAGGAUGCCUAGUUGAGCAGCAGUGCGGCGUGGUUAUCAUGGUGUUAGUGAAGGGAGGUCUGUUUCCAUGAGCUGAAGAGAAUGAAUAUUUUUAAUCUUCUGAACUUGUGGGCUUUCAGCUUGUGCAGAUCGUAUUAGAACAGGACUGUAGAUUACUAAUAGUUUGUGAGGUUUUUCUGAUAAAGCUGGCUUGCUAUAGAGGUAGAAGUGACGCAGUUUUUCCUUCUGCUUGAAGGUCAUCAUGGAUAUCGUGAGCUUGCUUGUGUUGAGUGAAUUUGCAUAGACAAACGUGGAGUUACGUUAUGAACAACAUUACCGGCUUCUUUGCUUUUUGGUUUUCUUAGCAACCUGCAUGCCGCUGGAGAUUUCUUAAUGAACAACUCCUUUUCUCAACCUAGCUUCACGAAAGUUAGUUCUUAAACCUGUCGGUGAUUUAGCUAUCCGUGAUGGUGGACAUUGCCUGCAUGUCUUUGGAAUCAGGCUAUUUAAAUGUAGAAUUGCGUGUUUGUUGCGUUUUAGGGUGGUUCUGAUUGGUGGUUUGGUACAUCUGUGGAAGAUACAGCGGAGUUACCAAGGAGUCAGGGCAGCUUGCCAGUCAAGCCAGAGACAUAACACUUGCAUGGAGUUCUCCUGCAGGAUUUGCUCACUCGCUCACAACUCAACACAUAGUACUGUGCCCCACCACAGACUGAGGUGAACACAGAUUCACAGAAGUUAAGGAAUCGUUUGUCUGUAGUCAUAGUUUCCAGUGCAUUCUGUAUUUGUUUCUGCUGCUCUGAGACAGAAUACUGAUGUGAAACUGAAAUACGUCAGUGCAAAUGAACUGCAAGAGAUUUUAAAGAAUUAUUGUAGGUUUCUGACAAUAUUUGUAGCUGAUUGAUGUUUAAUGCCGAUAAAUCUUAACAGCACUUUCCCCGUUUUGCAGUAACACACAUUCGACAUUAUAGCCGCUUUUGCUGUCGUUUCCUUUCAAAUCGUCCACUAGAGGCCGCUGUUGUUUGUUUCACAUGCUGAGGUGUUGAGGUUCAUGCUGGCCUGGUUGGAAACCAGUUUUGACCUGUAUUGAAACCUCUCUGUGCAUGGGAGGCUUCAAUUCAUUUUUGCUAUGGAAUUUUGAGCCGGUUGACUCCGUGAAGCCUUUAUUUGUAUUUGUUUGGAUGAGGAAUACGUGAACAUAGAAUAGUUAUUAUGUUAUAUCUGGCACUGCUCAACACAGGCAGGGGCCUAUAUUCAUAACAAUGUAUAAAUAUCUAUGUUGCAUAUCAUAAUGUUGAAAUAUUCUAUAUAUUGAUGUUAAUACACACAAGAUGUUAUAAUAAACAUAGUAUUACUGAAUACCUUAUUAAUUCUAUAUCUAUAGAGCAGCUUUUUGUUUGAUGGUUUGAACAGGCCAGGACAACCUUUUUGUGCAGUGAGGACUUAUAGAGUGUAAUGUGUGAUCACAUCCCUUAGGCAUCUUAGCUCAAAGGGUUUAAACAGGUCAAACUAUUUGUUGCCAUUUGUUUACAUUAGUCAUUAUGGCGCUGAUCAGUCAAGACCAGUUUUGAACUUUCCAAGGAAAUGUGGUGCUUUUCCAACCAUGAAACACAAUUUCAUCAAUACAAGACUCCUUAGUCACUUUUGUGAAACUAGCGAGCAACUAGCUAGCAAGGAGAACCAUUUAACUGUUUGAAAUUAUUGUUUGAAAUAAAUGAUAUAUAUACUGAGCGAGUUUUUGUUCAGAACUUUAAAGCCUUUUUAAUGAAGUCUUAAGUAUGUAGUGAAUCAGAUUUACAUUCACUUUUUAAACCUUGAGUGUGCUUGUACCGUGCCAAAAUCUAAUAUUACCUCUUUAUGCUAACAUUGGUAUACUGCAAGAUGUAUUUUAUGUUCUAUGCUAAAAUAUGGUACCAAAUAUAUUUCUAUUUAAGUUUGGAUUUCUAUGCGUAUGGGUGUUUGCAAGUAUAGUGCUUUUUUAAUCCGAUGCACGGGGUCAUUACUACUGGAAAUAAUUAAUUCAAACCCGUAAGUUGGUUCUCACAUGGCAGAAGUCUGUGAAUGUAAGCUUUAACUCUGCAGUUUGUUUUUAUUUUGAAACGAGGUGUUCUGUCAGGUGAUGCAACUAACCGGAAACAACUUCAUUUGUGCACUUUGUAUCAUUUGUCUUAAGCAGGGUAUAUAUUUUGCUGAGUCAUCUAUGUACCUUGCAAUCAGAGCCAUAUAUAUAUAUAUAUAUAUAU